CAACUAACAGAGUGGACCUUUGACAGUCUCAGUACUGUUUCUCCUUCCAAAGAAAUAAAGAUGGGCUUCAUGUCCUUAGCCUCCGAGCUCUGCUCCGCCAUAGGAGACCACCAUAGCCAACGCAAGAAGAUGAAGAAGAAGCAUUUCCAGGUUGUGGAGAUAAAAGUGAAGAUGGACUGCGAGGGUUGUGAGAGGAGGGUGAGGCAAUCAGUGGAGGGGAUGAAGGGGGUGAGUAAGGUGGAGGUGGAGCCAAAGAAGCACAAGUUGACUGUGACGGGCUACGUCGACCCUAAGAAAGUGUUGCAGAGGGUGAGGUAUAGGACGGGGAAGAUGGCGGAGCCAUGGCCCUACGUGCCUUACGACAUGGUCUACCAUCCUUACGUGCAGGGCGCUUACGACAAGAAGGCGCCGCCGGGGUACGUGCGAAACGUCGUGGCCGACCCCAACCUUGCGCCGCUCGCGCGUGCGACGUCGACGGAGGAGACGUAUUCCGCGGCUUUUAGCGAUGAAAAUCCGAACGCCUGCACCGUUAUGUGAAUUUCUAUCCUGUAUUAUUACUGGAAAAAUAGUUGUGUAAGAUGUUUGUUUUAGAAGUUAUUAGAUAUUUCCAUUCGCAAAUUAAGUAUUUGGAGUAAUUUAAAAUAUGUAUAUGGGAUGGUUUUUUUUGUUGUUGAAAUUAUUAUACAUCAUAAUUACGAUAUUAGUAUGGGCUUAUUAUA